UCUCCCAAUUCCUCCGCAACAAGCGCUGAACUUCAAGACUGGAUUUAAAGGGACAAAUAUCUUUUAAUCAUCUCAGAGUGUCUGAAAUGAUCUACCCGGGCAAAGGAGCAUCUCUCAGUGUGGCAGUGGCGCUCGUGCUGCUCUCAUCGGGAGCUCCGUGGACUUUCCGAGAGGAGAAGAAGGAGGAUGUAGACAGAGAAGUGUGUUCAGAAAGCAAAAUCGCAACGACGAAGUACCCGUGCGUAAAGUCCACUGGAGAGGUGACCACAUGCUACAGAAAGAAGUGCUGUGAAGGUUUCAAGUUUGUCCUGGGACAGUGUAUUCCAGAAGAUUAUGACGUGUGUGCCGGCGCCCCGUGUGAACAGCAGUGUACAGAUCAUUUCGGUCGGGUUGUUUGCACCUGUUAUGAUGGGUAUCGAUAUGACCGGGAACGACACAGAAACAGGGAGAAACCGUACUGCCUAGACAUUGAUGAAUGUGCCAACAAUAACGAGACUGUGUGCUCACAGAUGUGUGUGAACACUCCCGGCAGCUACCGGUGCGACUGCCACAUCGGCUUCUACCUGGAGGAUGAUGGAAAGACGUGUACCAAGGGCGAGAGAGCUCCACUCUUCGAAAAAUCUGACAACGUCAUGAAAGAAGGCACGUGUUCGGCCACAUGCGAGGACUUCCAUCAGAUGAAAAUGACUGUUCUCCAACUCAAACAGAAGAUGUCCUUAUUGUCAAGCAACACAGAGAUCAAUAAGCAGAUGACCAAUGAAAAGAUGAUGAUGACGACAAACUCAUUUUUACCUGGACCUCCAGGGCCUCCUGGACCUGCAGGGACCCCAGGAGCCAAAGGAUCCUCUGGCUCUCCUGGACAUAUGGGGCCACCAGGCUUACCUGGUCCCAGAGGUGACAUGGGACCCAUUGGACCAUCCCCUGACCUGUCGCAUAUUAAACAGGGUCGACGUGGCCCAGUGGGUCCUCCUGGGGCUCCUGGGAGAGAUGGCAUGAAGGGAGAGCGAGGGUUUCCCGGCCCUUCCGGACCUCCAGGCCCACCAGGAUCCUUUGACUUCCUGUUACUCAUGAUGGCUGACAUUCGUAACGACAUCGCAGAGCUGCAGAGUAAAGUCUUCAGCAGACCGUUACACUCUUCAUUCGAGGAUUUCCCAUCAGCCCCAGACAGCUGGAGAGACACGCCAGAGAACCUGGAUUUCGGAUCCGGUGAAGACUACAAAUCCCAGAGCCCUCCCAAGAGCAGCAGGAAGAGAAAAUUACCUCGGACCUUAAAAAAUCCUGAUUGGCCGGUUUGAGACUGUCAGCAAACAGUACAAGAGCUGAAAGAACGAACUGAUGGUGUAAAUAUUACAGAAUGACUGCUAUUUAACUGUAUACUCGCUGAGAAAAGAAGGCUGAAUGUAUUUCCCUGUAUGAAAUUUCUAUUUUUAUAACAUAAAAGAUGUACAUUUUUGUAAUUUGGUCACUCUGAACGAGUCUUUUGUCUGCUAUUUAACUAGUUUGCAUCAGGGUUGUCAUGAUACUGGAAUUCGAUACCAAUCAGUACUGAAAUUUUAUAAACGUCCAUUUCCCGCUAACAUUUUAGCGCUGUGGAACACGUUCUGUCAUUGUGUUCAUAUACUCAACAGAAAUUACAACAGUUCACCAAACUCACCGCUGUUUACUGCAUGUGAUCACAGAUAAAGGGACACUGGAGCGUUUUAAAGCCGCGAUACAUCAGCGGAUUACUCGUAUGUCAGCUUAUAGACAAACCAGCUGAUCGACGUGACUUUGAAAUGCUCCAGUGUCCCUGUAUCUGUGGUUACACUCAGUAAACUAUGGUGAGUUUGGUGAACUGAUGACCUUCAUGGCCAAUCACAGUCAUUUCUGUUGAGCAUGUGAACACAAUGACAAAUUAGUGCUGUUUAAGAACGUGCUCAACAGCGCUCAAAUGUUCACUGGAAAUGGACAUUUUUAAAACUUCAUUACAGAUUGGGAUCGAAUUCCAGUUUCGUGACAACCCUAGUUUGCAUAUACUGCUGUUUUUACAAACUUUCCCUAAAUGUUUUUGUAGUUCCAG